AUGACUGAAUUUGGUGUUAAAAUCGAUCGUCUUACAGAACGUCUUCGUCGUGGUACAGCACAAUGUGAUCUUAUCGAACAACGAGCUUGUCUUACAGAAGAACGUUUAUCAACACUUAAUGAAUCUGUUCAAACUCUUGCUCGUCUUAUUGAAGUUAGUCUUUUAAUACUUGUCUCGUCAGAUAAAGAAAAAUUCGCAUGGAUACAAUUAAAUGAUAAUGAAACUAAUCAAUUAACAAAUCCAAUAAUAAAGCAAUUUUUUUAUCGCCUUGAAUCUUCUUUACAUCGAUCGAUUAUUGAUGAUGAAGAAAAACUAUCGUAUAUUAAAGCAUUGUCUCUUGUUCGUAAGCCUUCAAUUGUAUCAUUAAGUUUUUAUUGA